CCAACCUUUCUGGUCCGAUUGCGUAAUUUGUAAGAAUGUCGAGCACUGUUGUCUCGUUGCGCCCCGACGCGAAGAACCUGACGCUGACCGUCAAGGUUCUUGAGGCGACGACGGUGAUGACCCGCGCUCGCGGGCCAAAGGCGCCCUCGAUUAAGGUCGCGGAGUGCCUGGUGGCCGAUAGCACGGGCGUCGUCGUGUUUGUGGCCCGCAACGAGCAGGCCGAUGUCGCGGUUAAGGGCGCUACGAUCACGCUUAAAGGCGCAAAGGUGGAGAUGUUUCGCGGGUCGAUGCGGCUCGCAGUCGACGCGGCAGGAACGGUCCAGGCCGGUGGCGAUCUGUCCGAACCUGUGAACACAACCAACAACAUGUCGCUACUGGAGUUCGAGCUGGUAACCGUGGGCGCAUAAGCAAUCUGCCUGCCCGAGAUUUAGUACGUGGUGUAGCGCACGGGCAGCGGGCGGACGCGGCGGUGAUGUUGUGCAGAAGACAACAAGGUAGCUGCAUUAACCAUCGGACGCAUGACGCGACAAAGGAAGUGUGGGCGUAGGGGGGGUAGUUGUUGUUGCUUGGCUUGGGCAAGCAUGUUAGUCCGAAGUCACGUGCUUAGCGUAGGCGGAUAGAACGGGGAGCUUGCCGUGGGAGGCAAUGGAUCUGACACUUUCAGGACUAUGUGGAGGUGUUUUGUGCUCGGCUGACUAGGUUACGGACAAUGUCAUUUGACUCUACAGAGGUGUUUCAGGUGCCAUAGACACGGAGAACGGGCAUGGUCUGCUGGCGCGGAUGCACCUGUUGAGAAACCGCAGUGCUUUUGUCGUGGCUGAGCGAACUACUCGUGUGUGCAAGAUACGGUAUGCUGCAUUCAGAUCAUGGCUGCGUCUAUACCGUUGCAUUAUCUGCUGCGAAGGCGAUGGGAUGGGGAUGGCCAUGACACCCAGUAUAGGGUUGGUGCCAUGGGUUGGUGCUCACUGCUCAACACCAACGCCGCCUGGUUGUGCCGCGCAGCUUGGACAGCCGCCAUAUGGUCACAGGUGUGGCGUCUUGGUGUUUGUAUGGCGCCCUAUGGUGCUGGCCGGAGCGGACUGCAUCUCAAGCUGCGCGUCAGCGAAACAUGGCGUGACCAGGGCGGCGCGUCCAUUACCGUAAACCCGUCGCGUUCUCCAGUUUUACUGCACUAAUACCUCCAUGGCCCGUGCGCUGGCUCAUCGCAGCGGGGAUACGGAUAGGUACUGCGACGUGACUGCCGUGUGGCGACAAGCGUGUGGAGAUGCCAGUACAUGAGGACGGGCAAGGCCAGGCUUGGUCGCGCGCAGUGCGCCCGCUGCCUUACCGGCUGUUGUGCUGCUGUACCGUAUUGCACGUCUGGCAGAGCUUACAUCUUCGGGGCGCGGCAAGAAACGGGACCCAAUGCAAGCCCUCGGCGAGA